AUGUCACAAAAAAAAGCAAAUUGUUCUCUGACCCAGGAGUGGCUCUGUGAACAUCAAAUGGCAUUGGCAGAAAAGAAUUCUUACCUCCUGUUACAUCAUCACAACACGAGUGAUGCCUUAACAAUACAUGUUCGCGUUCAUACCGGAGAGAAACCCCAUCACUGUGACAUCUGUGGUAAAUCAUUCUCUGUAAGUAGUGGCUUAACUAGGCACAAACGUACUCAUACUGGGGACAAACCGUAUCACUGUGAUAUCUGUGAUAGAAAAUUCUCACAAACUGAUUUCUUAACAAGACACAAGCGUACUCAUACAGGAGAGAAACCAUAUCAGUGUGACAUCUGUAGCAAAGCAGCUGUGAUCCCUCAAUUUGGUGAAGGAGCAUCUCCACCUGGACAAGUCCUUGAUGUCCAAAUCUUGCUCCCUGCCAAAUACUGUUACUCCAGAGAUCCUUUGGAGUAA